UCCGCGAACUUCAAUGAGUGUUAACAAAGAUUUAAGUUACGCGUUCACCUUGAGUCGCCAAUGCUUGCGAUUUUUUGGCGUAUGGCCUGACCCACAUAUUCCCCUGAAUGAAUUCCGUCGGCCGAAUUUAAGGUACAUAUUUGCUAUGUGCCUUUUAAUCUUUUACGUGUUCAUACCCCAAAUUACAAAUAUAUUUCGUGUUUGGGGUAACAUAACGUUAAUGGUGGAAUGCAUUGCCUCAGUGAACUACAGCUCGCUGGCAUUCUACAAAUUGAUUGUCACCCGAUAUCACGGUGAAACUCUGCGAACACUGAUGACAUCAUUCAAGGCAGACUGGAUGACAUCCAAGAGAAAAUGGCAACGAAAUACAAUGUUAAAAGUUGCAAGAACUGGAAGAAGCUUGUGUUUUAAAUGUUACGUGAGUCUUACAUGCGCAACCGCGGUCUUCAUAGUUUUCAAUAUUUUAAAACUCUAUCGAAAUAUACAUCAGUCUCAACGAACACUGGUCUAUCAGUUUCCUUAUCCUUAUGACAUUCAGAAGGCUCCACUGUAUAUAAUUACAUAUUUUAUUCAAUUGUUGGCUGCCGUGUAUGUGGCUGUAGUCAACUGCACCGUCGACACCUUUAUCUCGCUGCUUUUGCUGCACAUUUGCGCGCAGCUAAUUAAUCUGUGUACAACACUCAAUGAAUGGGUCGAGAAUUUAAUCGAAAAAUCUAUACUUUCCACCGAUUUUAAGAAAGGUCUUACUGCGAUCGUGCUACGUCAUGAGAAUCUCAUAAGGAAUGCUAAGACGAUUGAUAAUUGCUACAGUGCAGUUUUACUUAUGCACAUGAUGGUCGCUACUUUUCAGCUGUGCUUUGAAAGUUUUCAGGUUUGCACGAUAAUAACAGAAAAAUUUACGAAUAGCUCUCUUAUUAAAAUGAUCUUCCUUGCGCUUUAUGCCAAUAUGUUAUUGGUAAAUUUAUAUAUGUAUUGCUACUCAGCUGAGAAACUUAUAACAGAGCUGGUCUAUCAGUUUAACUAUCCAUAUGGCAUUCAGAAGACUCCAGUAUAUGUAAUUACUUAUUUUACUCAAAUGUCGGCUGCUUUGUAUGGGGCUGCAAUCAACUCCACCGUCGACACCUUUAUCGCACUACUUUUGCUGCACAUUUGCGCGCAGCUGAUUAAUCUGCGUAUAACACUUAACGAAUGGGUCGAGAAUCUAACUGAGAAAUCUAUACUUUCCACCGAUUUUAAGAAAGGCCUUAGUGCGAUCGUGCUACGUCACGAGGAUCUUAUCAGGAACGCUAAGACAAUCGAUGAUUGCUACAGUACAGUUUUACUUAUGCACAUCGUGAUUGCUACUUUUCAGCUGUGCUUUGAAAGUUUUCAGGUUUACACGCUAAUAAAUCUGCGUGUGACGCUUAACAAACAGGUCAAGAAACUAACAGACAAAUCUAUAUCCUCCGCAAUAUUUAAGAAGGACUUGGUUGCAAUCAUCGUACAGCACGAAAAUCUUAUCAGGAGCGCUGAAACUAUUGAUGACUGCUACAGCACAGUAUUAUUAGUGUAUAUGAUAGCCAUCACUUUUCAGCUGUGCUUCGAGAGUUUUCAGCUUUAUGCAAGUACUAGUAUGGCACAUGGCGUGUACGAAUGCAAAUGGUAUGAUUUGCCGCCAAAAGAUGCGAAAGACUUGAUGUUUAUAGUGUAUCGAUCUAGGAUUCCACUUAGAUUGACAGCUGGAAAAUUCGGUACUUUUUCGCUAGAGAUGUUUGGAACGACGGUGAAGACGUCAAUGGGAUAUUUGUCUGUGUUAUUAACAAUGAGUAAUUAGAGGAAACAGUGUUGGAAAUGACAACAUAUUAUUUCGACAUAACUGAUCGCCACUUCUUCUACUAUAAAUGACUGAACUUUUUUAUAUGCACUAUAUGUUAGAUCAUUUGUGUUAGACAAAUACUUUUGUGUAUAAUAUAAAUGG